CGACUUCGAUCCUGCUUGUCUAAACGGAAUUCACUCGCGAAAUUGGACAAGCACAACGAGCGUAUCCAAGUGGAGUUGAAAAGGUGCGACUUUGCGAUUGUUUGUUUUGAAUUGAAUGCAGCUACUUUUUAGAUCAGCAGUACCUAAAGCAGCCUUGCAGCAACGAUGGCUAAGCGCAAUAUUUGGACUUACGACGAAACACUAGAGAUGUUAAACAUAAUGUUCGAACAAGAGAGCCUAAAAGCAAUGAACGGGAGACCGUUUCGCAAGGAUAAAGCUUUCCGCUUGGUGUGCGAGGAAAUGAUGCAGCGUGGGUACAACACCAGAGACCCAAAGCAGAUAGAGUACCGAUGGAAGAAUUUGAAGAAACACUACAUGGACCUGCAGAGGGAUCCCAAUCUGAUCGAAACCAAUCCAUUCCAAUACUACGAUGAGAUUGAUGUGCUGAUAAAAGGGAAACCACCUGCCACAAUGUCGAAACUAUACGAAUUGAGCAUCUCAAGUCUUGAAUUGAGGCCUAACACAGUCGAGAAGAAUGUGUUUACCAAAACGAAUUCUCUUCCGACGAUGCAGGAGGAUUCCGGUGAUGAUGGCGUAAGAAGUGAGGAAAACGAUAUAAAACCUGCGAUAAUAACGCAAUCACGGCCAGUUAAAUGCAGUCCAAGACGUUCCAAGCGCAAUGUUAAACGUCCAACAUAUCGCCGAAGUGAGACGCCAAAGACAUGUUUUCCACCAUACAGCAUAACUACAGAAAAAGAAGCGUAUCGAAAUCAAAAAAACUUAAUUGAUUAUCAGUUUGGACUGUACAGCAAAGUGCAGGAAGAGUCGGAUCAGAAGUUUCUAGACAUGAGUCGACAGAUGCUUGACGAAUGCAAUGAAAAAUUUCAAUCGUUCGUAGAGAAGCUUGUAUCUGGAAGUUCUUCGGGUUCGUAAUAUACACAUAUGCAACGAUAUAUGAGUCGAAAUGAAAGUAAUAUGAAGCUAGGUCACUUAAUAGAUAAGCGAGGCGAGAUCGAUUUUUGAAAAGACCAUACCAGCUUUUGAAGUAGCGAUUGCUCGAUGCGACGCUCUACUCAAAGUAUCUUUUCAACAACCAAUAAUAUGUUUAAUCCAGGCUACGGCCAAACAGUCCGGGUUGGAUAGAUAUGUUAACGUAACAGCCGGACCAUAGGAAACUGGCAAACUUUAAUGCAAACAGCAACACGGGAAGAAGUUUAAAGCAAUAAGAACACGGAUGAUAUAGAAGGCGUAUGUUAUCCUAAAAGUUGCGUAUUUUAUGGAAAAUUAUAAUAUUGAACCGAUCUACAGAACAUUUGCUUUCACCUAUUAACUGCUGAUAGUACUUUCUAUUUCAAAUUGAGCAUUACUUCUGACAUAAAAAAACGUACGAACUAAAGUCGACACAAUAAAAAUAUUCAGUUGAA